AAGAAUUAAUAUAUUAAGGGUGUGACUAGAAUGACUAGCUGUUUUGUUACCAUUUCCAUUGUAAUCAAUUGUUUUAAUAUAGUAAGGCCCAAAGUACUGAGUUAACUUGAUUAUAGUGCUGAUCAUAACUUGUACCCUACAGUUCACACAGGUAACAUUCUAUACAUGAAUGUAAAAAACAUUAUUUGCCAAUUGAACAUAAGCAGUGGUACUUUGCCACUACAGGGGGACAGAAAUUUUUAAGAACCUUUACUCUCUGGAGGCAGUAACAUAAUGGUACUUAACAAUUUUAAACCAAAUAGUCCUGGUGGUUGUCUACUCAAAAAUUUUCUUUAAAAAAAGAACAAAUUUUCUUUAGAUUUCCCUUAAAAUAUUUCUAUAACUGUGAUCUUCUCCAGGCCUAAAAACCAUACUUAUAGAGGUUAACUAGAACAACUUUAUGGUCAUCACUCCUCCAGGAUUUUUUUUUCCGAAGUUUCCUUCUUGAGAGCUAGAUAAGGGAAAGAAUUAUGUUUUGUUUUGUUUUUUAAUGUGUCUCAAAUGUAGAAGGACAAGACUAACCUACAUAGCCUUGACAAUUAGCUGUUAUAAUAGGAUUUGCUUUCAUAUAGGCUUUGAAAAGAAUAACAGCCUUACGAUGUAAUUUACAUAGCACAAAAUUCACCCUUUUAAAGUGUACAAUUCUGUGGAUUCACAUAGUUGUGCAGCUAUUACCACUAUCUAAGAACUUUUUAAUUACCCCCCAAAGAAAUGUGCAAUUAUUCCUAUAGCCUUUUGUAGACUUUGAUGCAUCUUCAGUCUUUAAAAAAAAAAAAGGAUUUACCCUUACUUCGUAUUAUUUCAUACAAUAAAUUAGCCAGUAUCAACGUGACAAAAAAUGCUUAACAGAUUUAUUAAACUAAUCUUUCAUGAGUUUUCAGAUUUAAUCUUACAAAGCUUCCUUACUUUCUGGUACAUUAUGUGUUCCACGUUCACCUUGCACCUUCCUGCGCCAGGCAAGGGUAGGCCAACUCUGCUAGGAGCCCUGAUUAUUUUUACUGUUGUAUCUCAUUUUAGUCUUAAUAACCUUGGGAAGUGGAUUAAGCAGGACUUAGACUCAUCUCACACAAGUUGCCAGUUAAUGGAGGAAGCAAAGGGGACGUUCAGAACAUGUGCCUUGGGCAGGUAUGAAUGAAGAACCUCUUUUCACCUAGAGCAGGAGUUUGGUCACUACUAAAAUGACCCCUCUUUUGGCCUGAGGCAGGUGUAGAGCUUGAAUCUGGAGGUCAUCCAGGUCAGCUGUGUCUCGCUCACAGUCCUGUGGUAAAUGAGGUACAAGGGCCAGGAGCUGCUGUGGAAGGAAGCACACAAGCAAGUGGUAGUACAGGACCAACAGUCACUGCCACUCCUGUGAACCCCUUGCUUGGGGCUGGUAGUAGGUUGUGAAAAGCGCCAUAAGAGAAACAGGAGAGAUGUAGGGAGCUGAUGGUAGUUGAGACAUUAGUCAAGGAAAGCUAGAGGAAGUGCUACUUAUGUUCAAAACUGAAAAUGAGGAAUCAACUUUGAGAGGGGCUGGGGAAGAACUUUCCAGAUAUAUGGAACAGGAAAAAGCUGUCCAAAAGCUGGAGGGAAGUGUGGUGAGUGUCUUGAGAUGAAGUUGGAGGGACAGAAGGCGGCCAAGUCUUGAAUGUCUCUUAGGUUGUGGUAAAAACUGGUUAAGUGUAAUGGAAAGCCAUUGAAGGGUUUUAAGCAGCCUCACUGCAUGAUCUAACUCACAUUAAAAAACAAACUACAGGCUUUGAUACAGAAAAUAGAUUAUCCUUUAGAUUCUGAAAAGGAUUCAAAUGCAAGUGAUGACAAGAUGACAGAGGAGGUUGUGUCCCCUUCUGUGAGUUAUAAAUAAAUCCUUGGCAUAAAUUAAAAUCACCCUUAGAAAACUAGACAUGGCCUUUCCUUUUCAUUAUUACCCUCUGUUCUCUCAAGGGAAAUUCAAACUUUAUUUCACCACUCAGUCCUGAAGUUAUAGAACUUAAUCAUAAUUUUUUAAAUUCCUGCAAAUAAAUGCUCGGACAAGGGCAUGUAAGUGCAUUGAAGUUUGUUUCUGAAACUCAGGCUGAUCAUUCCCAAGUCUGCUCUUUCCUUAAAUUCCUUUUCGUCCUCGGGGCCCAGGUCCCUUCAGCAUGCCCUCUCAUAGAGAGGUAAGUUAGGUCGGUUCAGGCCUUGAGCUCUGCCACAUAUGUCCCAAGAUAGCUGCCCAUCUUCAAUCUCGCCUCCACUAGCUACUAUCAAUUCAGAUUUGGAAGCACUGUCCUCAGGAUGCUGGUUUUAGCUGGUCCACCGGAGAUUAUGGGGCGCUCCCAGGAGAGUUCUUUCCCACGACGACUUCGAGCCUGGCCCCUUGCCCUCCACGUGGUAGUCUGGCCUCCAGAAAGCUUCGCCCUAAAAUCAGUCCGAAGCCUAGGCCGGCUGAAGGAAAUGAAACAACACGCCAACAUCCCUCUCUUGCACACUCUUCAAGACCGUCUAGAAUACCACCUACCGGUAUUAAGAGAACAUAACCACAGGUGGCGCGGAACGCCCUCGGGCCAGAGGACAAGCCUGAGCCAAUGCGCCUGCGCCCCGGGCUGGCCGGGGGCGGAGCUUGCGUGCUGACGGAGGAGAGCCAUGCGUGGGAGCGUGCUUGCGGAACGGUUCAGGGAGUAACUGUUGCUGUGCUUCACACUUCAACGGACUUUGCUGUCUUUUUUUAACUGGUGUAACUUUAAAAAGCAGCCUAACGGCCAUACGUUGCACAUUCAGACUGCCUAUACUGUUGCGCCACGCUAAGCGUUUGUGAGUGACUGGGACUGGAGCGAAAAUGGUGGCUGGGGGCAGGGAGAACCUUUAAAAACCUGUUGGUUCCCCAAUCCCUAAUACGGAUAGAUAGACUGGUCCGUGUUCCACCCCUCGACCAGGAAUUUUUUUCUUUGGCUUCCCCCUGCUCCUGGCUCCAAAAUUCUGCAAACUCAAGAGGUAGUUCCUUAGAUGUUCAGUGUGGUUAGUACAUCGGUAGGUAUGAAAGUGAUUAAUUCAGGGACUUUGAGUUCACUGAAAUUGCAUUAUCCCUAUGAGGUUCUCAAAAUGUCAACUGUCAAGGAGCAGCUUAUUGAGAAUCUAAUUGAAGAAGAUAAAGUCUCCCGGAGUAAGAUCACCAUUGUUGGAACUGGUGCUGUAGGCAUGGCUUGUGCUGUUUGUAUCUUAUUGAAGGAUUUGGCUGAUGAGCUUGCCCUUGUGGAUGUUGCAGUGGACAGACUGAAGGGAGAAACAAUGGAUCUUCAGCAUGGCAGUCUUUUCUUUAAUACUUCAAAGUUUGUUUCUGGAAAAGAUUACAGUAUAUCUGCAAAUUCCAAAUUAGUUAUUGUCACAGCAGGUGCACGGCAGCAGGAAGGAGAAAGUCGCCUUGACCUGGUCCAACGUAAUGUGAAUAUCAUGAAAUCAAUCAUUCCUGCCAUAGUCCAAAAUAGUCCUGACUGUAAGAUGCUUAUUGUUUCAAAUCCAGGGCUUAUAUGGAAUAAAAGAAGAAAUCUUUCUCAGUAUCCCUUGUGUCUUGGGCCAAAGUGGUGUCUCAGAUGUUGUGAAGGUUAACUUGAAUUCUGAGGAGGAGGCCCUUUUAAAGAAGAGUGUAAACACACUUUGGGAUGUCCAAAAAGACCUGAUAUUUUAAAACCUUUUAAUGUUCCAUGUUUUAUAGAACAGAAGAUAGUAGACUGUAUAUUUUACAUUUUGAAAGUAUCUUCACCUGAUCUUUCAAAAAUAAAAGAACAUUGGACCUAUGACAUAACUCCAGCCUCUCAAGGCUAGAAAAAGGAAAUGGUAAAGGAAUUUCUCUAUUCUAAUGAUACUCAACCUGUACAGAUGUAAGUUAUACUUCCAAAGUAUGUCAUAUAUGUAAAAGUUGUCUCCAGGUUUAGUAGAA